GCUGCGUAUGAGAAAUCGUCAACGCAACGCCAGCAACGCGAGCCGAAGAAACUCAUCAAUAUGGAACUCCAGUGUGAUAAAUGCUUUGUCCAGUUUGACCUUAACCAGCACCGACCCAAGAGCUUGCCCUGCGGUCACACUCUUUGUAAAGAAUGCGUGCGGACUCCGGCCUUUGCAACAAAGUGUCCUACUUGCAGUAUGCACCUGGCCGCCGACACUGACGAGUUACCCGACAACUUACUAGUCGUCCGGAUGAUUGAGGAUGGCUUGCCAGCCCGGGGCGACGACCCCCAGGUGCAGCAGCUGCGGAGCGACGUGGACGCAGGGAGGAAGCUGGUGCAGCAGCUGCGCCGAAUGGUUCCUCUAGCGGUUGCGGCCCUGACCCAGCUACUCGACUCAGCGGUCGCCAACCUCCGCCAGACGGAAGAGGCUUUAGGGAAGUUGCAGCGACAAGGGGCGACAGAUGGAAGUCCAACACCAGAACAGGUGCAGCUGGCGGUGCAGCUGAGAGACAGCCUCCAGCUGCUGUCCACCAACAAGUACAGCGUCACCGCAGAGCAGGGCGGGGACACCUGGAGGGCCUCUGGUGUGGAGCUGUCGCCAAGUGACCACGUAUCGCGCCUUCUGCUGCUGCAGCUGCGGGCGAGCGAACAACUGCAGAAGGAUGACGUCUACAUCGGGCCGCCUGGGCUCUCCACUCUUUCCAUAGUGGACGAUGAUUUAAAGGGCGAGAAGUUGAAGGUGGAUGACAUUCUUCGAGACGGGCCGCGUUGGAAAAAUAUCCGCACCCUUAAAAACUUAACCGGGAGCCACACGGAGAAGCUAUUGCGUGUCCUGGCUCCGCAACUCGAGGAGCUGGAGAUUUCUGACGGCGAGGCUCUACCCAGCCAGAUGGAGGAGGUAAAGAAAAUGACUUCCCUCAAAAGACUGCUCGUCGAUUGUGAUAUUAACUGCAGCGACUACCCGGAGCUACCGCUGCAGCUCGAGGAGCUGUCGAUAUGCUUCCCCAGCGCCAAACAGCUGCGCUGCGUGCAGCACAUGCCGAGGCUGCGUAGCUUGAACAUAGAGUUCUACCCUGCUGACGCUCACCCCGUGUUGUUUCGCCCUCCGCUGGCCGGCAGGCUGCUGUGGCUGGGCCUGAUGCUCAAUGUGGAGCAGAAGGACAUGAUGUUCUCCCUGAUCUCUGCCAGCGCCGCCACGCUGCGGGAGCUCCACAUCAAUACUUAUACCCAAGAGGAUGGCGAUUUUGACCACUAUUUCCCCGAGCUGGGCCCGGACCUAGGGGCAUGCGGCCUACUGGCCCUGCGACGGCUCGUCCUGAGACGACCCUUCACCUCCAAUCCAUGUGACGAUAUCGACGCGUGCCUGCAGCAGCGACAGACCCUCCGAGACUUCUUGCCCUCCGCGGAAGUGGUAUGCUAUUCUUGCCAGAAGUCCUAUGUGUUAGGGUAGACACCUCCUCUAAAGGAACGUGGAAAGACGCAUAGUGCCUGUUUUCGUUCAGCGGAAACCUUGCCAAAACGUAUAGGGAGGGCUUGAAGCUAGACACAAAUGUCUGAAAUCAUUGCCUUCGGGGUUCUCAGCUAUUAUUUACAGCUUGUAUACGAGCCAUUUAACAAGGCCAUUUAAAACAAAAAUUAAAUACUAUUUUUUAAAAAGCUCA